AUGCUCCAGACUAGAUUUCAGCAUCAGGACCAUCCCUGCACGAGCCCCAGUCCUACCACGAGGGAUGACACGAGGGGCGCGCUGGAAUGUCUCAUCUGUGUGGGACCCUGUCGGGUGGUGUGCGUAUUCAGCUGUGGACACUAUGCCUGCUACGCCUGCGGGCUGCGAAUCCACACACUCGGGGAGGGCGGCUGCCCGGUCUGCCGGGUCCGAAGUAGCGAAGUAAUCCUUACUCGGACGAUCAGCAAGGAUGAGGAUCACUAUACCGCGGAGGAGAUUGCCGCCCUUAGUGCAUUAAGCAUGCCUAAUAAACGGCUUAACUGCCUUAUUGACGGCCAAGAGCUCGCGAACGAGAUGGAGAAGCUCUAUCAAAACCUCUGUCCCAUCGAGGGGUGCUGGAUGGACGGCGAACAGGAUCCUUUUAUCGAGUUUGGCAGCCUUAAGGAUCACCUGGCGAGGGAGCAUGGGAUGUCGUACUGUGAUAUUUGCUUAAAGAGUCGGCCUGUUUUUUUAUGUGAACAAAUGGUUUACGGCGAGGUGGCGUUACAGCAGCAUUUAGAAGGGAUUUGCCAGUCGGAUAGUCCGUCUUUUAUUGGACAUUCGCCCUGCCGUUUUUGCUCUCGUUUACGCCGUGAAGUUCGGCUCUAUGACGGCGAGGCGUUGCUGAAACAUAUGCAGGAGCACCACUACACCUGCGAUGUUUGCAAUCGUGGACAGUUUACCUUUACCUUUUAUGAAAAUCGCCAAAAACUUGAUCAGCAUUUCGUACAGUGCCAUAAAAUCUGCGAGCACUCUGAUUGCGCGAAUCUUGAUAUCAUGCUUCGUGUAUUUGCAGAUGAUUUCGAAUUAAUGCUCCAUAAAAAGCGCAUGCACAAUGUUAAGUGUAAACUGACGUUUACCCCAGCAACUUUCGGUGCACUAACAGAGGGCAAUGAUGUGUCUAGUAGAGGAGGAAGAGCUACUGCUCCGCAGGCUGCUUCAAGUAAUCCGUUCGGGUUGUCAACAGGGUCGAAUAUGAAUGCCAUUCAAAUCACUUUUGAUCACAUAUUUCGCAAGGAAGUUGUAGAUCUCUUCCAAAGGAAAUCCAAUACGCGCGGAAAGCAUAAAUGGCACAAUCACACCUGUAGUUCUAAAGGAGGAGCAGGUAAAGCGUAUGUGUACGCACCCUUAGAAAAUGGGUUACCUCUUCAUUUUCACCAUCCAAAUGUGCUGAAGGUUCUCGUAUGGCCACCCGAUCACCUGUGUAGCAACAGCCCCCAUGAGUGUACCAGCCCUACGCAGAGGAAUAAAGGCGUCGAAGGGCGUGAUUUUGACUGCGCUUUCAGUAUGCCAGAAAGCGUGGAGUCGUAUUUGCAACGAAACCAUAUUCCUUCCGAUCCAGCUGAGCAGGCGCAGCGGUUGGACGAACUUGUUAGUAAAAAUUUAACCUCUCCAGUUGAUUACGCGCGGUUCCGCAACUUCACGCGAAACUUUAUGGAUUCCAAGAUUUUUGCCAUUGAGUAUUAUAAUACGAUCUCGGAGUUUAUUUUUCCUCAAACUGAUAUAUUUAAUGCGAUCUUUCCACUUUUGGUGGCAACAAUGCCAAACUUCAUGAAAAAGCGCGCUCUAUGUGAGAUAUGGAAGAUCAAAAUGGCCCCAGAGCUUCAGAGGCGAGCUCGCGCGAAGGAGCGGGAUGAGCGUGAGGCUAAAAAGAAGGAAGAGGAAAAACGCACAGCAGCGCUGCUAAAUAGCAUCAGUACCAGACGAGGAGCCUCUAAAAAGCCAAAUCCAAAGCCUCCACCGGGGGCGAAGAACGCAUGGAUGUGUUCGGAUAUUAAAUCCAAGCUCGGACACAGCGAGUCGGAAGCCUUGGAGGAUGUGCCUUACGAUAGCGUUGAAGGCGAAUCAUACGCUUUUUCGUCUCCUUCUUUUGGAGGAGGAGAAUCGACUACGACAAUACCCUUACAAUCUUUAAACGACGCGAAGAAUACCUUAGGGAGCGCGCUCAACUCGGAAAGCCUGUACCCCUCGCUGCCGCGUGAUAAUAUGAGGAAUAUUCAUACCAAAAAGAAGAAGCAACCUCAACUGCAGAAUGCUUGGUUUCGAAAGUGA